GUUUUAAACUGUCAAAGUCUCCAGAGAAGAUGUGUAUCGCACCCUCGACAACUGACGAUGGCUUGACAGCAGUUCUGAGCAACGGAGUGUAUGGAGAGAUUCUCCGUGCCUUUGAUCAGCUCAAAUUGAAAGAUUCCACACUACACGUACCAAAGUUUGUUGUUGUUGGAGAUGAGAAUGUUGGCAAGAGUUCAACACUGGAGCGUAUAGCUGAAUACAAAAUAUUCCCGACGGGAGUGGGGUUCACCACACGGAUGAUCACCAAGUUGAUGCUCAGGCACACAGACAAGGAUGAUCAGGUUACCAUACGGGUUGUUAAUCGGAACUCAGGAAAUAUUGCUCGGGAUAACCUGGACAAACUAUACGAAUUGAAUAUACCAGUUGGAAAUGACUAUCGCAAUGGAGAGACAGACAUACGAGAGCAUGUGUUGGAAAUAAUCAACAAGUUCACAAUUCAGACCGGUGAUAAUCUGACUAAGCAGGAUGUUGAAAUGGAUCACGAAUUUCAAGUCGAAGUGCAAUCUUCUCGUGUCACUACUUUAGAUCUGUAUGAUAUGCCUGGUAUAGUAUCAGACCCCCCAAAUGUUGCUAAAAAUACUCGACGGUUGACUAUGGGACAAUUAACUGAUCCGAAUGUGAUAGCAAUAUGCGUACUCUCAGCGCAAACAAACUUACGCAAUUUCAAUAUCUUGAAUCAGAUCCGUGAAGCUAAUGAAAGACGAGCAGGGGAGACUCUGCGUGCUAUUGGGGUACUAACUCAUGUAGAUAAGUCUACUCCAGAAAGGGUUAGAAAAAUGAUAGGAGAUUUCUUGCCUCGUUCUCCCUUGCAAUCUCUCAUUCCAUUGAUCAAUGAGGAUACGAAUCCUAUCGACGAUAGAAGCAACGGAUAUACUGAAAACGAUUUUCAGGACGCGGGUUCGGCGGCGUUGGUACAGCACUUGGAUUCAGAAUUGAGAACUUAUAUGCGUGACUUUUGGUUGGGGGAGCAGAAGCAGAAGCUUCAACGCUGUAGGGAGGAUGUGAACAACAAGAUCUCUGCUUUGGGUGCGGUUGCAGAUACAGAUAUGUACAAGAAUUUGAUUGCGGCUACUGUGCAUACUGUUAUUAAGCAACACUUCCGAACUAUCCUAGAGAAUCUUCAAAUCGAUUCACAGAUGUUCGCCACAGCUUUAUCAGGACCAAAUGCAUUUGGCAGCACAGACAUCACAUUCUCUUGCGUGCCAACGGAUCGGUUGAACAAAAUCAGAUUUUGCUGCUUCUGGAAGAGCAGAAUUUCCGACAAGAUGUCCUCAUUGAUAAGUUUGAUGAUGGACAAGGUGAAACUACGUCUAUCGAGCACAAGUCUAAAAGCAGUUCUCAUCUCCGGUAUCAGUCAACAAUAUGUGGUUUCGCGAUUCUCGGCGAUCCCUGGUUUCGUGGAGAGCUUGUUCGAAGAACAAUUGAAUAUGGAACGUAGUUCGAUUUCAAGCAUUAUGAAUGAUAUAGCACCUAUAUUCAAGGCACCUAACAAUAUUUCUGGAAUUCGCAACGAACUGACAGAUGUGUUGGUAGAACACAUAUUCGCGCCGGUACUUCUAUGGUUUGAAAAUCCAGCUUUUGUGCGCACUUUAAUGGGACAUUCGGAUUGUUGGGCGGAUGACAACGAUUCCAAGCGACUUGAACUUCAGGCCAAACUGGUACACAUUGAAGAGGCGGAGCAAGUAAUCGAAAGUCUGAACGACUCUUGACUAGGUCAAGAAAAUGAUGAUCAAGGUGUCAUUAGUCAAAGCGAUACGGCGAGCCCAGAGGUAUACUGUCCGGUCACUCUAGCAAGCGUAUCAGACUUCGAUUCUCAACUCGAUAUACUAUAUUUUAUAAAUUGAUUUCCGAUCGCCUGAUA